GUUUUGGUGUAAUGUGCCCCUAAUUGAAAUCUGCUAAGUAUUAGUGUCUUUGUUAACGGAGGGAAGCUGCUAGUGUCUCUGGAACACUAUUCAGCAAUUUUCUUCAUCCCUCACAAUUACAAGUUUGAAUUGAUCUUUUUGGGUCUAAAAAUGGAGGAGGGUGGCCCAAGUAGAGAAGAACCCACGUCAUGGGAGGACCUUUACAACGUCAAUUUGGUACCUUCAGAGCUUUUUCUCAAGUUUAGAAAAGAAAUUGAGGGUUUUCGAGUUGGCGUUAACUUGGAGUUUUACAACAAUCCAAGCAAUGAAUAUCUAGCAAAAUUGGUUUUGAAGCCUUUAGCUCCCGAACGUCGAUGGAAGCUCAUAUGUGAGCCAUUGCAUCAUGAAGUGCGCCUUCUAUCAAAGAAGAUCCCAGUUACAAAAUUUCUGAAUCUUCAGGUAGGGAUAGGACACAAUUUUCGGUUGCAAGCAACUGGUUGGAAAUGGAAGCUUACGACUUGUUUGGGUGGAGAUGGUGUCUCCAGGAUCCGGAAUAAGACGUCACUUGGAUUAUGUCCUGGUGUGGAUUUUCGUUUUGGGUGGAGAGCAGACUAUGUUCUUCCUGAAAUUACUGGGGGAGUGGGUACUGGUGAACCAUUGUUCAAUAUGAACUCUGGACGAUUACAAGCAUCGCUGGAUAGAGUUGAGGCCAUUUUUAGCCAAUAAGCAUAAUGAUCACUUGAAUAUGCAGGAAGAAAAGGAGUUGGGAGCUUGUACAGCCAACAUCGCAAUGUGCUUUUCGGGGGUAGAAUAUCUCUUGUGAAACGAUGAAAACGUCAACUUAUCCCAAAUCCUGUUGUAUAGAUUACAGUUUCUAGGUUCUUUAAUUUCACCUUUGCGCAGUUGCUUGAUGUACAAAAAUCAGGAUUUGUAAAUUCUGUUUUUCAUUGCUCAUUUUGGUUACAUAGAAAAAUAUUUGAAGAAGCCUCAAUUGAAAUGGUGGCGUUUUCGACCAUGAAAGAUUUUGCUAACUUGAAUCAUAUAUUUUCCCAAAAAACCUUAGAAUGAA